AUGGCGAUUGAUCCGUUUGCCAAUUGCAAUUUUGGCAUUCCCCCCACCGUGCGAUGUACCCUCGACACCUGCUGUCUCGCGCAAUCGUCGUUCCUCUACCGCCCCAAUUGGGGGGGAAACCUUUUCUUCACCAUCUACUUUGCCAUUCUUUGUGUUCCGCAACUAUGGCUCGGCAUCCGGUACCGCCAAAAGGGCUUUGCGACUGGCAUGCUCAUGGGACUCAUACUUGAGGUCGUCGGUUAUGCUGGGCGGGUGAUGCUGCACAUGAAUCCGUUCAACGGCAAUGCCUUCCUGAUCUAUCUCAUCUGCCUGACAAUUGGCCCCGUAUUCAUCACGGCCGGCAUCUAUCUCUCCAUCGCGCGCAUCAUCAGUUUGUACGGCCAGGAUCUCUCCUAUUUCAAGCCGCGCACGAUCGCAAUGGCUUUCAUGACGUCCGACUUCAUCUCGCUUAUCCUCCAAGCCGCAGGAGGCGGCAUUGCCAACUCGUUCACAGGCGCGGGCAGGCAAACCGGCACCAACAUCAUGAUUGCGGGUCUGCUGCUGCAGGUCAUUUCACUGGCUGUUUUCCUGCUCUAUCUCAGCUACUUUGCACUGCAAUGCAGGCGCGGGUCACUCGACAUGGACCCAGCCAAGGUGUCCUGCCGAGAGCGCGGGCUCUUCAAGGUGUUCCUCGUCAGCCUGCUGCUCGCGACGGUAGCCAUCUUGGUGCGGUCUACAUACCGUGUUGCGGAGCUGUGGCAAGGAUUCAGCGGAGAGUUGUGGAACAAUGAGAAAGAUUUUAUGAUUCUCGAUGGCGGCAUGAUGAGCCUUGCCGUGCUGCUGUUGACCGUUUUCCACCCAGGCCCGGCGUUCAAGGAACAGUGGCACGCGGCAAACUGGUCCUUCAAAUCCACACCACCACAGAAGGCCUCGCACAGCCGGAGAAGGUCGUCUCACAGCCGACGCAGGUCCUCGCACAACCGACGCAAUAAUUCGCGCAGGUCACAUAUUUAA